UUUUCUCUCUCUUGUGUCGGUGUGAUCUCCCAACGUGCACGAUCUGGUUUCAGCCCAGCCGAAAGGCGCGCUGGGUUAUACACUUUUCCGAGUGCCUUCUCUAACUCGGGUUCUCGCUGAACGCAGCGAAGUCUGCGGAGCCCCCACUUGCUUUGCGCUCGUAAAAGGAGCGUUCCCGCCGGCCCGCCCACCGACCCACUGUUCCUGCUCUCUCCUAGCAUUUCAAGCGCUUCUCUUUCCACUCCCUCCACUUUUGCUCAAAACAAAAAAGUCAGCAGCUCCAUCUUCCUGCAUUUCCAUCCAUGCGCUAAAUUGUAAAAAGGGGAGAUUUCCCCCUCCGCCUCCUUCUGCUGCCGCCACCGCCAGCACCAGCCUCACUGGCCGGCACUGCUGCUGCCGCCGCCGCCGCCACCACCAUCAUCAUCAUCUCCCUCCUCCUCUGCUUCUCCUCCUCCUCCUCCUCCCUUUCUCCUCUCCUUUUGGCAGCACCAGGACGUCCGGCGUGGUGGUGAUAGAGAUAGCGGUGCUGCCGGUCCUGCCGUGGGGUUGCAAGCGGACGGGGUCGCCUUUAAAUCCUCCCGUUUUUCCAAGGUGCCUAACAGAGCGUGAGCGAUCCGAGAGCCUGCCGAGAAGCUGAAAGGCAGCGAGGAGUCACGAUGAGCGCACGAGGUGACGGAGCCGGGCAGCCUUCGACUUCUUCCGCGGCUUCCAAGGAACAACCUGCCACCGCCGAACCGCCGAAGAGGGGACGAGGGAGACCCAGGAAACAGCCCCAAGAACCUACAGGAGAGCCAUCUCCCAAAAGACCAAGAGGAAGACCUAAAGGAAGCAAAAACAAGAGUCCCUCUAAAGCAGCUCAGAAGAAAGCAGAAGCCACUGGAGAAAAACGACCAAGAGGCCGACCCAGGAAAUGGCCACAGCAAGUGGUCCAGAAGAAGCCAACUAAGGAUCAGCCUGAAGAGACAUCCUCACAAGAAUCAGCAGAAGAUGAUUAGAAAACCACACUUUUCUAUUUCUACCUCAUCAGCAGUUGGAUCUUUUGAAGAGAGAAGACACUGCCAUGACCACUUACUUCUGUUUCCACAAUCUUCUACUUUGGCCUGAGUGGGGAGGAGGAAAGGAAUCCACAUAACCUUAAAAAGGACUUAUUAAUAAUUAUUACAAUCCCUUCAUUGUCCCAGGUUUCGUGAAACUGCUGUAACACAGGGGGACACAGAUUAACAACGCAACAUAUACUUACUGUUUUCUCUUAUUUUUCUUUAAUCUACUAAUAGUUUGAGCUGCUAAGUAAGGGUGAAUGGGUCAGUAAAUCUCAGAAGCAGGUUUCAAGUUGUUCACUGCACUGCCUAUAAUUUUAAAAUAUUGAUUACCAUGGGCAUUUAAAUUGGAAAGACUGGUGUUUGACACUAGUUCUUACAACAUCUCUGACCACCCACUCCCUGGCUUAGUGAAUUCCCUCUUUAGAACACCAAAGAUAAGGAUGUAGAUGCUAGGAUUGUAUAUGCUUCAGGAUGAUUCAGGAGGGUUUCACACCUCAUGCAAGCACAGCACCUCUCUGCUGUUCAUUAAAGCAACCUGAAAGAAAAAUGCAAAUGCCUUUAAUGACUACCCAGUUAGUGUUGUGCUUGUCUCACAUUAAUUUCAAUGAGUCAGGUCUUUAAAGCAGCUGCAUAAUUUUUUAGGCUUGAGUAGACAUUUGCAAAAAGAAAUAGAUAACUUUAGUGAACAGCAGAGAGUUUAUUUUUGGAAGGUCAGAAGUGCUUCUUUGAAAUAAUUUUUGAAGUAUGCACAGCCCUUUUAGAUACUAUUUUGAUAGCCUUGGACUAGAUUUGUGCUUAUUUGUUUCUCAUGUUAUUGUUCUUUUGAGACACAUCUAAGAUUAAUUUGUUUCAGUUAAUUCAGCUGAUAAUCAGGAAGGAAAAGUCAAAAGAAAAAAAGGUACUUUGCAACAAAAGGGGAAAAUGACAUAGUAUAAUAGUAAUACACAUAUCUGCUGAAGUAAUAUCAAAUGGAACUCAACAGUACCCUCUUUGGAAAUGUACACCCUGAAGUGGAAUCUGCUUUCUAGAGAUUAUCAUGUUGUUUAGAAAUGACUUACAUCAGACUUUCAGGACUGAAAUUUAGCAACUAAAAUUUGGAUUUUAGUGAAUUUUAAACAAUACCUCAGAAUGAUUUUAAAUCAUACCAUACUGGAACCAAGGGAAAUAACUUAGAUAUUUAGUUUGAUUUGUUACUGUGCUGCCAGCCCAUUCCACUCCUUCAGAGGAAUGGCCUUAUCAUCUUCACUAAUACAUCUCCAUUCAAGAGCCAAUACUAUGUACCUCAAGUGGGCUUAUUACUUUUAAGUAAUAUACAUUGACAUAGGAUAUUUAUCUGGACAGUUUGGUCCAGUUCUAUGUCCCCAUUUUUUUUUUUUUUACUAAAAAGCAGCACUUUUAACAACUGCAAUAUUAUCCCACUUUUCAGUACUACCUCUGUUAUUUACAUUGAACUCAACAAUCAUAUAAACAUUUGCUGCUAUGAGCAUACAAUGCAAGACAUUGUUAUUGGAUAAAUUCUGCAUUCCCCCAAUCUUUUUUUUUUUACUUUGUCAACUUCAUUGCAAUUAAGAACACAAUACUGUUAAUGUUUUCCAGCAUUACAAUAUUUUUUCUUUUUAAAGUAUGCUAUGCCUUUCUCUGCUAAAUUUCUAUAUAAUGUACCAUUAACUUGAAUAUAUUUUUGUACCAAAUUGCUCAUAAGGUUUGUAAUGAUAAUUUUCUUCAUUGACACUACAUAAAAAUAAUUAACUGCAGUGUUUAACUAUUAUUGUCCAAGUCUGUACCUCAAUUGACUUUUUAAAAAAAGAAAUGGAUUAGUCAAUUGACAAGACCUACCUCCAGACUAUUAAUGGAUGAACUUGCUGUUUCUUUCAACAUUUGUUUUUCAGAAGAAAUACUUUUGUCUUCCCAAAAACAAAAGCAAGGAAAAACCCAAAUUAGAACUAUUUUUGUAAAAGAGCUUUGUGGGAAAUGAACACAUAUUAAUUUGUUUCAUAUUAAAACCACCCCUCAAAGAAACUUGAAUCUUUGUAGGUUGGACGCAACAAGCUCAGCUUUUUGCAUAAUGCAAUCACAAAUAAGUGUGUGUAUGUUUCUGUGUAUGUGUGUAAAAACUAGUAGAUUAUAUGAGAAUACUCAUCAAGUAUUUUCAUUUUUUUCACAAAUGUGAUUUUUUUUGUAAUAAGUGUCAACCAGAUUUAUUUUAAAUGCUUCUUAUGUAGAGAUUAAUACUUUGACUUCUUUGAUUUCUUCCUUUUUAUUUCCUCUCUUUGUCUGCCUGUCUUACCCUCAGUGGAAAUAUCUGUUGAUAACCUUGUUUCAUUAUUUGGGCCAGGGGUAGAUUCUCAGGAAAACAUUCUUCAAUAUGGCUUUAGUGUUAGUCAAAGCAACUAAGGAGAGCUACUUACUGGCUGCUUCACAAGAUUGACUGUUAAGAACAAACACCUGCUCCGGUGAUAUGAGUGCCUUGCAUUAGGGAUCAGUAAAAAUGAGCAUAUAAGAAAAAUGUAUUUUAGGUAUCUUAAUGUUCCCUAAUUUGUAAAUAAUUGUACAAUAACUGCAUAUGGGACUUAGUCAUGACUAUUCAAGCUGUGGCCUAAAAGACAAACUACAAUGCGAAUAUACAGAUUUCUCCUUGUGGGUGCAGCCAACUGACCUCCAAACAAAUUCCUUAGAAUGAGACAUAAGGAAUAUUACUGGAAAUAAAACAUUUAGUAACUGAUGAGGAACACUUGCUCAAGACUCCAAAAAUGCCUUGCUUCUUUAGACUUUGGGUUUUAAUAGCAUAGGCCAGUGUUUCUCAACCUUGGAAAUUUACCAUGUGCAGAGUUGCAGUCUGCACAUGGAAACUCACCAAGACUGAGAAACACUGGUAUAGGCCACACUCCCUAAUUCCAUGAUUCUAGUAUGUACAAAAGCUCCAUCCAGGAAAAGGGAUGUAUUAUUUUUAAUCUUAAGAAAUGGUGUGGAUACAAUAGGAAAUCCCUAUUUUGCACAUGGGAAUAUACCAUGAAUUACUGAAGAAAAUUGAGUAAACUUUAUCUAUAUGGAGGUCUGUGUGAGCAUCAGUAUCCUUAUACUGGAGUUUCUGAAUCUGCUUAACAGUGUGAGAUGAACUAAAUAUUAUUGACAAGUGGGGGCAGGCAUCAUAUUCCUAAGGUCUUAUAGCUUUGAUCAAAUCUUACAUUUUCUGUAUAUUGUAGAACAAUCAAAACACAUUACUACCUCUCAGGGUCUUCUAUACCUCAUUUUCAGAUUGAAAAUAACCUUGUGGCCAUUGAAACAGAAGGAUCAUCAUAAAAUUUUUAUAUAUAUAGUUUAUUUUUAUGGGAGAUAAAUUUUAUAGGACUGUUCUUUGCUGUCAUUGGUCACUCGUAGAUAAGACUGGAUAUUAUUUUUUUCUGCCAUUUCUGCACAAUUGAUAUGCUUGCAAAAACGUACAGUUCUUUUUCUAUUUUCCUCAACUGUUUUCUAGUUUGUUGCUUUGUUAUUCAUUUAGAGUUGCUGUCUAUGAUUUUGAAUUGCUUGCUUGUUACUUUGCUGGAUUAUCACAGUUUGUUCAGCACAAUAAACUCAUAGUUUAUGUAA